CAAACAAGCAGCUUAUCUAUCACAUUCGGCCUUGACCUUGUUCAGAGGGGAGGUCAGAUACAUAAUAGUUACGACUAUCGUGAAGGUCUAUGAGUUAUUCCUGUCAUAUCGACAGCAGUGUUCUGAGUGGACGACUGGGUGUUCCUGUUCAAUCUCUACUGGCAGUAAGACUACCUGGGAAUAGCAACUCCGGCCGUCCAACCAAGAGACAGCAAGUGACAAACCUUCUCCGUCUGCCAGUCGCCCUGUCCCGCCAUGCCGCUGUGUCUGUUAUACACCAACCUGAAGGACACCGAGGUCCCUGGUGAUCUGGAGGUCACUUUAGCGGAGACAAUUGCCAAGGCGCUUGGGAAACCUAUGCAGAAAAUGAACGUAACGAUACAGAGUGGACUGCGCAUGUACCGCCUGGAGAGCACAGCCCCGACCUGCUUCCUUCAGAUCCACUCAAUAGACGUGUUUGACAAAGAGAGGAACCCAACCUACACUCAGCCUAUCAUAGACGUCCUCAAGAAUGCCUUGAACAUCGACGGAAACAGAAUUGUUAUCCAGUACCUGCCAAUCCAUCUUCAUGACGUGGGGCUGGAGAAGCCGUCGUAAGGCGUUGCAGCGUCACCACCACGUCGUGCGUUACCAUGGACGUCACGUCAAGGUCAAGGUCAAGGAGCCAUGAACGACGUGUGUGGACAUGGCCUAUGUAUAAAUGACAUAACGGACAUGUUGCUCCGACAUAACAGUACACAACAGUACACAACUGUCUGUUUUUGUAGCCGUGGUUGUAUGUAAUAAACGCUGCCGUGAAACAGACCAUGUGCACUUCAUAUUUGCAGUGUUA